GCACAGGUGCUGCUCUGGAAACGAUGUGCUCCUGAAAUGAUUUUGGCUUAUCGAUAUAACACCGGACUAUGAGGGCAAUCAACCACCUGUUGAGGGGACACAUGGGGUCUUGAAUAUCAUGAUCCAUGGUAGUGAAGGCGUCCCUGGUGUUUGUGGUAGCGGUGGUACUCCUGACGUACUACUGUCACGAGCCUGUACCGCCAGACGUCCCACAGCCGACCAUGUUCGCAGCCAUGGCGAUAGUCAUGAGAACAGCACGACACAUGGCCAAUAUCGGAGAGUACCUGGGCAUAGGCACUGAGCCUACGAACCUACGGUACAUCCUCUGGGCACUGACAAGAGCGGGCCAGAAAGUGAUGACGCUGGGCACAGCAUACCGAGAGGGACUGGAGUGUACAGACACCGUGUUUGACGGAGUCAGCGUCCGUGUGUACGAACCGGUGUCAGCGGCGAAGAGUAACGUCAAAGUCCCCGGCCUGGUGUUCAUCCAUGGAGGGGGCUUUGUUCUCCUGAAUGUCGAUACGUUUGAUGAGCUGACAGCCCAUCUUGCCAAAGAGCUGGGGAUCGUUGUUGUAUCUGUGGAGUAUCGACUCGCUCCUGAGCACAUGUUUCCGGCAGCGUUUGACGACAGCGUUGCUGCUACAAAGUUCUUCCUCCAGAACGCAGACAAGUACAACGUUGAUCGCACACGUAUCGGCAUCAGUGGGGACAGCGCAGGGGGCAACCUGGCCGCAGCCGUCACUCUCGC